AUGGCCAAACAAGGUCACAAUGGCGAUGCUGGUGAAAGUGAAAAGACACAGUCUGUACCCACUGCCGGUAUCUGCCCGCCUCAAAAUCGAGAAAGCGAUUCUCUUGAUCUACAUUUCGUGCCGACCCAUCGCUCCAUGGGAUUCGAAGUACCCGUUGAAUUGCCACACCAAGACGAAGAGGAAAACAACACCCGUUUCGAUCGAUUGUCAAGCAGGCGUAAGAGGGGCAUCGUGGCACUGCUGUCUUUUUGUGCGUUGCUCUCAUCAACGGCCACUACUUCAGUUAUGGCGGCGACUCCCGAAGUUGCAUCCGAAUACAACACGACGGGAUCCAUGAUCAACAUUUCGAAUGCCAUGUACACACUGUCAAUGGCCAUUUCACCGUUGUUCUGGGGUCCACUGAGCCAAUUGUAUGGCAGAAGAUGGGUGUCUCUGAUUACAACAUCAACAUUCCUUGGAUUCUCGAUCGGAACAGCCCUUUCGCCGAAUUUGGCAUCAUUUUUCAUCUUUCGAAUCCUCAGUGGCUUUCAGGGCACCUCCUUCAUAUUGGCAGGCUCAGCCGUAAUAGGAGACAUCUAUCGCCCCACAGAACGCGCUACAGCACAGGGAUGGUUCCUGUCCGGCACCCAGAUUGGCCCUGCUCUAGGACCGUGCAUAAGCGGAAUAAUCGUCACCUACACGUCGUGGCGGGUGAUUUUCUGGCUGCAAACUGCGAUGUCUGCAGUUGCCACGGUGGGAACGUUUGUCUGGCUCCCCGAGACCAUCCAUCGGAAAGGUAUAGAGGAUGCAAAAGGCCUUUCUAGAGUAGAAAUGUUCAGAUUCUUAUGCCGUCGAAUCAACCCAUGGCGCGUGGUCCAACUCUACGCAUACCCCAACAUCUUGUUCGCGGGGCUUGCCAGCUCGUCACUGCUGUGGAAUCUGUACUCGAUCCUCGCCGCCAUACGAUACGUCCUCAACCCGCGAUUCAAUUUGACGACACCACUUCAGAGCGGGCUGUUCUUUCUUGCACCUGGCGCCGGCUAUCUACUGGGAACCUUCCUGGGUGGCCGUUAUGCGGACGCUGUCGUGAAACAAUACAUCAAGAAACGUGGCAGGCGGAUUCCAGAGGAUCGCCUGAUUUCGGCAGUGCCAUUUAUGAUAUUCAACGCGGCCUGCAUGCUGGUAUAUGGGUGGACUGUGCAGUUCAACCGUGGAGGCAUCCCGGUCGUGGUUAUUGUGCUAUUUAUGCAAGGCGUUGGACAGCUGAUGUGCUUCCCAUCUUUGAACACAUACUGUCUCGACGUCGUGCCUGAUAGAUCAGCCGAGGUGGUGGCCGCGAAUUUCGCAAUGAGGUAUGCGUUUUCGUGUCUUGCAACAGCUUCUGUGCUGCCAGGGAUCGAAGCUAUCGGGGUGGGUUGGAUUUCUACGGUCACUGCGGCCUUCCUCGUCGCAUCAUGUCUUGCUCUGGUCGCCACAGUGCAAUGGGGCGACAAAUGGAGAGAAAGGACACACGAAAGGCGGAAAAUUCCGAGCUCAUAA